GCGCGUAAAAACAUUUACACAUAACCUCACUUUUUUUAUGCAUAUAUGCGAAUGGAAUUGACAAAAUUAUUGAGAAAAUGUGCUCUUGUAAACAAAUCGGAAGAAAAAGCAAAAGAAAACGAAAAGAAAGAGGACGAACAUUUCCAAUACGUCUACGCAAAAUGGAAAGGAACUAACAUGAAAGAUAAAGACCCAACCUACCGAGUUAUUCCAAAAUUUUAUUUCAAGCUGCCGAAAGAUGAUGAAAUCCUGCCCCAAAAAUUGCGAGAAGAGACGCGCGCUCUUUUUUUACAGCGCAGAUCUCGACAAUUGCUCGAUAAUAACGAAUUAAAAGCCCUUUGGGUUUUAUUGGACAAACAUCACAGUCCUCCUCUGUCAGGUGACGAGCAAUUAAUUAAUUAUGAGGAUUUUAAAAAAGUGGGAAAACUGGCGGGACCAAAAUGCAGUCUCUAUUUUACAGCUGUUGUUUUUGCGAAAUUACAACAGGGAGAUCCGCAUGGAAGGGUCAGUAUUAUGGCACUUUUUAAUUAUGUCAUGAGAAAAGUUUGGCUCCAUCAAACAAGAAUUGGACUUUCAUUGUACGACGUAACCGGCCAAGGAUAUCUUCGAGAAUCGGAUCUGGAAAAUUAUAUUCUGGAAUUAAUUCCAACUUUGCCUCAAUUGGAGGGAUUGGAGAAGUCCUUCCACUCGUUUUACGUUUGCACGGCGGUGAGAAAGUUCCUUUUUUUUCUCGAUCCCUUGAGAACUGGAAGAGUUCGCAUACAAGAUAUUUUGGCUUGUAGCUUUUUGGACGAUCUUCUGGAAUUGCGGGACGAGGAUCUGCCGAAGGAUUUGCAGGAGGCCAAUUGGUUCUCGGCGCCCUCGGCUCUCAAAGUCUACGGACAGUAUCUCAAUCUCGACAGAGAUCACAAUGGAAUGCUCAACAAGGAGGAAUUGUCCGGAUACGGUACCGGAACCCUAACCGGAGUUUUUUUAGAACGAGUUUUUCAAGAGUGCCUUACUUACGAAGGAGAAAUGGAUUACAAGACUUACCUGGAUUUUGUCCUUGCUUUGGAAAAUCGCCACGAACCUCAGAGUUUACACUACCUCUUCAGAAUUUUGGACAUUAAUAAUAAGGGAUACCUCGACACUUUCUGCCUCAAUUACUUUUUCCGAGCCAUACAAGAACAGAUGACGAUGCAUGGCCAAGAGCCGGUGAGUUUUCAAGACGUUAAGGACGAGAUUUUCGAUAUGGUGAAACCUGCCGAUCCCUGCAAAAUUACUUUGCAGGAUCUUCUUUCUUGUGGUCAAGGCGACACCAUGGUCAGUAUUUUAAUAGAAUUCCAUGGAUUUUGGGCCUACGAAAAUCGAGAAGCGAUGGCCGCCGACAAUGGAGACGAUUCUUCUCACGUUUAAUUUUUUUUUUUUUGGGUGUAAAAAAUAAUUAUAAGUACAGGAGUACUUAAAAAGCUUAUUUCUAUAUUUAUUUUAUGAUGCUGACUUUUUGCGAUAAGUAGAAUAUUACGCU